AUGCCAGAAAUGAAGACGCAAAAUGCAACGAUCCUGUCUCUCAGUGGAGUGGAGGGGCUACUGGAGGCGCAUCAACCGGGAGAUGGCUCAGUCUGUGUGGGAGAGUGGAGGCCCGGGGCUCUGAGGGCUGUGGAUACGGGCGAGGGAUACGUCGUGGAUCGGGGCCGACCAGCUGUGGGCAUGCGGAGCGACGGGGAGACUACAGUACCUCUGAGGGCUGUGGAUGCGGGCGAUGGAUGCGCCGUAGACCGGGGCCAACCAGCUAUGGCCGUGCGCAGCGACGGGGAGACUACGGUAGCCAUGGAGAAACAGUACUUUUCCCCUCAGUGUGUUUACACCGGCGCGAUCACCGCCACCGUUACAGACAACGGGUCUAAUUUUGUUAAAGCUUUUAAGACGUAUGCACCCUCUUCCUCUGAGCCUGACGAGGAGGAACACGCAGCCACGCCCCCUGAGCAUGACAAGGAGGAGAAUGAAGAGCAAGAUGUAGUUUUCACAGAUGAAUACUGCAGUGUUUUGAAACCCCUGACAAUAGCAAAGGAUAUAUUGCAAGGAGACAGCUACUAUGGUGCUCUUCUACCAACCCUGGAGACCCUGAUGUCCAGGACACUGGCACUCCAAAAUGGACUGUCGAGGAUGACAGCUGACCUACCUGGUGUGAUUGUACAGGCUAUCAAGACGCGAUUCGCACCGGUGUUGGAGAGCAGGGAAGCUUUAUUGGCUGCCUUGACGUUGCCAAAAUUCAAAGCUCGAUGGAUAGGGGGAGCGGAACGGAAAGAAGAGGCACGUGCGCUGCUCAUUGCUGAGUGUCGCACUCACACUCUCCCCCACGCUGCAGAGCAGGCUGAGAAGAAAAACCAAAAGCACAGCAGCGUCAAUGAGAAGGACUUUUUCUCUUUUGAUGAGGAGCAGGAAGACGCAAUGUCCUUCAGCGCAGACUCGGAGGUACUUGAAUACAUGAGAUCAGGCUCAGAGUUAGAAGUCCUCAACAGUUUCCCCCGAGUGAAAGCUGUGUUCCUGAAAUACAACACUGCCACACCAUCCAGUGCACCGGUGGAAAGGCUGUUCAGCCUGGGAGGUCUUGUGCUUACCCCCAGAAGAAACAGACUUUCAGAUAAACAUUUUGAAAGACUGCUCCUGAUGAGGUACAAUCACACAUUUUGUGCUGAAUAGGUUACCUGCCACCGCCGCCACCACCCAUGCCACACCACCCCACGUAGCUCAAGCCUAUGCCUAGUAUCCUCUUUUCUAUCUGCCAUCAUACUGUGAAGAAGGGCCAGCAUAUUCAGUGAACAUAGCCUGUUAAUUCUGAGGCUAGUCAUGCUUUAAGUUGUGCUUGAUUUUAUUUUGGCUAAAAUGUCUUUGCCUCCAAGCUGUAUUAUGCCAUUUUAUUUUAUUUAUACAAGCCAUCAACAUCAAGCCAUUUUGAAGUUGUUCUUUUUCUGUUAGAUUUAGAUGAG